CCUUCCCUCAUGCAACACUCCGAUUUAAUGUUUCAUUGUUGUAGAUAAUGUAAUGAUUGACUUCUCUCAUCCUGUUUACAAUGAGUGCUUUGUCUUUUGUCUUUGUUUCUCUCUCCCGUCUAGAAACUUUGUUCUGUUCGACUGAUCAAAUCUGCUGAUUCUCAAUAAAGCUCAAUUCUAAUACCACAGCGGAAGCUUCAAAACUCCACUGUGACACUGUAAAACUGUUCCGGCAUGAAAGGGUUCUGGGGACCGGGGUUCAAAUCCCGGCCCCGCCUGUGGGGAGUUUGCAUGUUCUCCCCUAACCUGGGUGGGUUUUCCUCCCAAAAACAUGCGUGGUAGGUCGAUUGAAGACUGUAAAUUGCCCGUAGGUGUGAAUGUGAGUGCGAUUUGUUGUUUGUUUCUAUGUGCCCUGCGAUUGGCUGGCGACUGGUUCAGGGUGUACCCCGCCUCCCGCCCGAAGACGGGUGGGAUAGGCUCCGGCAGCCCGCGACCCGCGUGAGGAGAAGCGGUAAUGGAAAUGGAUGGAUGGAAACCUCAAGCAAUCCUUGAACCAACGUCUUCUCCCGAGCACCGGCGACGCCCACCAAGUUUUUCCUCCUUUUUCCCCACCACACACAAUACAUUGGUGCGGUGCGUUGUCGUCAUGGUAACGAGUGCAUCCGGUCGCGUUGACCGGUGACACGUUCUCUGGUUCCGCCUCUCCAACAGUGUUUGAUAAAGCCCAGUGAUCGUAAAAGACGCCAUGCGGUGGUGUCGCCAUUCUCUGACCGACAAGUUUGUCUUGUCGUCUGAUCCGGGCACACGAGAGAAUAAGGACAGAAAAACAAGCUGGAGAAGUUUUUUCUGAAUUUAUUCAGCAAACAGAACAUACAAACACAAUCGCCAGGGGAUGAACUUCUACAAGCAGUGGCAAAAAGGCAGAUGAUCGUAUUACAAAAAUACAAAAAGUUGAAUCGCUUUCGCAGUGUCGUCGUCUUUUUCUUUAGGCUCCUUUUUCAUCGUCAUCCUUUUCCACGUAAGCUUAUCUCUUGCAUCCUCCUCUCGAACACCAACUGCCCUCACCACAUCCAUCGACCUUCUCUUUGCUCUUCCUCGAGCGGCUCCAUCCUCAUCACCCUUCUACCAAUAUACUCGCUCUCUCUAACUUUGUCUCCAAAACAUCGAACCUCGGCCGUCCCUCCGAUGAGCUCGUUUCUAACCCUCUCCAACCUGAACCUCAACAUCUUCAUGUGCUCUGCUUCCUGGCACAUAUAUUCUAUCUUAACUUGGGCUAAUCUUCAUUCCUCCCCUUUCCACUCUCUCAGGCAUCCACCUUUCUAAAUUAUUAUUAUUAUUAUUUUAUUUGUUGUUUUGUUUAUUGAUUUGCCGUUGUGUUUAGUUAUUUGUUGUUGUGAUUAAUGGGUUUCUAUUUGCUGUUGUGAUGAGUCGUUUGCUGGUGAUUUGAAUUUGCCAUUGUUUAGUGUAUAUUGUUUGCCGUUGUGUUCUUUGACUUGCCAUUUGUGUUUCGUGUUUUGCCCUUCAGGGCCACCACACUUACGUCAUCAAUGCUCGCCGUCGCGCGAUGAAGCCAGUUUUCCGAAUGCCCUUGAAACAGGGCUGUCAUUUGCGAUGUUCGAAAGGAAGCUCCAUUCCAACAAAGGUUAAGGAAAGGUGGCUUAAAGGUUCGGAGAUUGGACUUUCCGAGGAGGCCCACGGGCAGUUCGCAAACCGCCGAUGAAGGAAGAAGUCGUGUCCGCUCUCCAGUCCGCUAGUCGGCGCUCAUGCCCGCGAAUGACGUUUGCCAGCCGCCAUUCAAACGCAUCGAGAAGGAGACGAGCACGGAUCCCCCGAGCGGACAUUUAGCUUUAGCUUUAGCAUCGGCUUGUUGUUCGUGUUGCUUGGCCGGCUCUCCUUCACCAAAACUAAAGUGCGCGAGAACCAGCACCGUCAGUCGCUUUCGCGUCGGUCGUCGUUCGCUCCCUCGCGCGGUGAAGCAUGUUCCGCGGUCGGCCUCCGCCGCGGGGCUUUUACCGGCCGCCUUUCGAGGCCCGCGGCCCGCACCCGUCAGCGGGCCACAGAGACGACAGGAUGCGGGCCAGAUCUCCUUACCGCCCGGGGUACCAUCAGCGCGGACCCCCUGACUUCCGUCGCUCUCCGCCGCACCGCGGCUACUAUCAUCCCGCCUCAGGAGGACACCGAGGCGGCCAGCACCGCCCCGCCGCUCCGCUCAGGGAGAGGUCUCCGUCGUCUCCUCGCCCUCGCCUUCCCAUCGACCACAAACUGGUCAUCACGGUCGGCAACGAGCUGACGAGCUCCGCACCGCCGCGUCAUGGCGACAGAGACCGAAGUCCGGUCCGGAGUCGCGGACGCAGCAGGAGUCAGGCGCGGAGCAAGAGCCGCCAUCGGAGCCGGGGUCGCAGUAAGUCCGGGUCCAGGUCCAGGUCCAGGUCCAGGUCCAGAUCCAGAUCCAGAUCCAGAUCCAGAUCCAGAGGGCGCAGUCGAGGGCGGGCGUCCAGCAGGGGGCCGAGCCGGGCCUCCAGCCGCAGCAGGAGGCCCAGUCGCAGCGGCUCCAGCGGCAGCGAGCGGUCCUGCUACACGAAAACGUUCGACGAGCUCAACGUGGCGCGACGGAGGAAGGAGCUGGAAGACUUGUUGUGUCUGCCCACCAAGUCCAUCCUGAAGAAACGCUCGGACUACGACCACUCUCCUUCAGUCAGGAGUUCCGACUCGGGCCUGUCUCACGUGGCGGAGGAGCUGCUGCGGGCCGUCAAAGGGAUGGAGCCGGCCGCCGUGGCGUCCGUAUUGACCGAACUGCGGUCCGACGCGCACAUGUCGCAGCGCGCAGAUCUCAACGCAGAAAUCAAGGAGAUCCUAAACUUGCUGGACCCGGUCGCAGACCUCCGAGCGAAGAGUCCGGCGGGCGACAUCGACGACGAGGAGAAGUUCCUGUACGGAGACUCGGAGGAACCCAAGACACCGCUUCUAUCCCAGCCGCUCCCAAACCACACGUUUGAUCUCUACGGGGAUGUAACGGAGGAGGUUCUGUAUGGAGAUCAACUGCCCCGGGCCGCCGCUCCCGCGUACGCCGUCCCUGCGGCGGUUUCACCGGCCGCCGCUGGCGAGGUCCGCACGGACUGGCCCCCCUCGGUUUCCACCUCGGUUCCCCACGACGCGGCGCAGGCUUCGACUCCCGUACCCCCGCCGGAGGAGGAGAGCGAUCAGCAGGCACUGGACGACUACCAGAAGCUCCAGAACCUGUUGAAGACCAUCGGCUUGGACCUGGGUGUGACGGAGAUCAGCAAGUUGGCCGCCAGGACCAAGGAGCGCCUGCACGGAAAUAAGCCCCCGAACGCCCCCAAGACGCCCAAGCGGCGCGCGCGCUACUCAUCCGGCAGCUCGGACGACGGGCGCAGGAGGCACAGCAGCGGCAGCAGCAGCUCAGACGACGACAAACGGGCCCGCAGCACCGGGCGGGGCCGGAGCUGGAAGACGGAUGGCGGCGGUGCGGACAGCUGGAGCAAAGAGGGCGGCGGCGGAAGCAGCGAGGUGUCGCUGCAAACGGCGGCGCUCGAGGCCGCGGCCCCUCCCUCGACGGCGCCCGUCCCCUCGCCCGUGUCCGUCCAGCCCUCCUACCCGUCGUCACACGCGCACGGCAUGAUGCCGCCUAGCUACCCGCCGCCGGGCUACGGCCAGUACGGGAACUUCCUGCCCUACGCGCACUCGCAGUGGCCGCCCGUGUACCCGCCCCCUGGCGUGCCGCUGCCCCUGCAGACGUCCGGCGCCAACAACUUCCCGCUCUCUCUGCCCUACAACCAACCUGACGGCCAGCUGCCUCCGGAGCCUCAGGUCAAAGGUGCUCUCAAAUCUUCUUGGCUCACCGGGACAGGACCGGUCUCCAGUCAGGUGUCGGAGCAGGAGAACAACGAAAGCCAGAAGCAGAAGGUUCUGGAGGAGCGGGAGACUCUGAGGCAGGAGCGAGAGCAGCGCAUGAAGAAGAAGGAGUACCUCAUGAAAGAACUGGAGCGGCUCCGGAAACAACAAGGUGAGCUGCUGAGGAAGAAACGGCGUGAGAAAGACGGUCACAAAGACCCCCUCCUGCAGGAGAUCAGCUUGCUGCAGGAAGACGUCAUGAUGCAGAUCUCCAAUCUGCGGAAGGAGCACGAGGCGGCCGAGAGGAAGCGCAGCGAGAUUGACAAGGUGGCGCUCAUCUUGGGGCUCGGACCCGCCGACCGUGCCCGCGCAACACCCCAGGCGACGAAAGACUCCGUGGCGGCCAGGCCCCGCAAAAGUAGGCCCCGCACAGAGCACAGUCCUGAGCGCCAACAAGAUGGCGGCGGCAGCGGCAGCAGCAGCGUCAGUAGCAGCAGCAGCAGCAGCAGCGGCGCCAGCAGCAGCAUGCCCAUGAAGCAGAACAUCUCGGAACUGAACCAGCCCCCGGACAUUUCCCCGACUCCGCCCCCUGAGCCCUUUGAGUACUACGAUGCUGGAAACCAUUGGUGCAAAAACUGUAACCUCACCUCGGGCUCCAUGUUUGAUUUCUUUACUCACUUGCACAGCAAAACUCACCGGAAGACUUUGGACCCCUACGAGCGUCCGUGGGCCCUGUUGCCGAGCAAAAUGGCAAAGACGUCGCAGACAGAAGAGAAACAGACGAAACCGGCUAAAGGUUCUGAGUUCUUAGUUCCUGUGCGAGGAUUUUUCUGUCUGCUGUGUGAAAUGUUCUUCGGAGACGGCAUCUGUGCAGAGGAGCACGUCACCACUCACUGUCACAAUAACCAGUACAAGGUAUCGAACACCCGGUAGCGCUCAUUAACACGCUGUGACAACGUGGCUUAGCGAGGGAAUGACUUAAGUUAUCUUAGAGAGUAGAGCGAAGUGUAAAGUGCCAUGACGUGACCACUUUAAGCGGCACACAAAUGCUAAAAACCAAACCAACACAUUCCACUUUUGACAGAUCCUCUGAGAAGUGACAUUCUUAUCAUUGUCACAAUUCCUUUAUUGCCUGUUCCCCCCCCCCCCCCCCCCCCCCACCAUUUUGUUCUUUGUAUGGAUAUGUAUGCAAUGUAGCGUGUGACGUAUCACACGUGCUACGCAUGAAAUGAAUAACAGAUGAAUUCCGAAUAUUCCACAGCCUCAGCGAGAGGUCGUAAACAUUUCACCCAUCUGUUUCUCUCUCUCUCUCUCUCUC